AUGAUCUCCUACGUCAUCGGCCUCGUGGCGGUCCUCGUCUUCUUCGCCGACCCCGUCGCCCGGUUCAUCUCCCCUUCCGGCGCCGGCGCCGGCGGCCGAGCCCGGAUGGUCCGCACGCCCCGGCCGCAGAUGAACGAGUCGCUGCUCGCCAUAGAGCACCCCAACGCCACCGCCCUCUCGUGCCCGCCCGACGCGUACUCGGUGCGCAUCUUCUCCAAGGAACCGCUCGUGUUGUACAUUGAGGGUUUUCUCAGCUCCGGGGAGAGGGCGCAUCUACUUGACAUCAGCGAACCCCUUUUCGAACCUUCGACCAUCACUCACGACGGCGCCGGCGUGCAGCGCGACACGUCGAUCCGUGAUUCCGAGAUUGCCAUGGUCCCGCGCACCGACGCUGUCCGCUGCAUCGAAGCCCGCGCCCGCGCGCUGCAGGGCUGGCGCGAGGAGCUCUGGGUCGAGAGGCUGCGGACGCAGCGCUACUUUGAAGGCGGCCACUACUCGUACCACUUCGACUGGAGCAGUAACCGCGGCGGCUGGGGCCGGGUGAGCAGCAUGAUGGUCUGGGUCGACGCCCGCGGUGGGGACGACGAACGUCCCGGCGAGGGCGGCGGCGAGGGCCUCGUCGGCGGCGGAACCGAGUUUCCGUUGUUGAAGAUUCCCGGCGUCAGGAAUAGGUGGUGUCAGUUCGUCGAGUGCGGGGAGAAGGACGAGAAGAAUGGUGGGGAGGAGGAAGGGAAGGGCGUUGUGUUCAAGGCUGUGCCUGGAAAUGCUGUCUUCUGGGAGAACUUUCGCGCCGAUGGAAGCGGUGCUGGGUAUGAUGAGACGUGGCACGCCGGGCUGCCCGUCAAGAAAGGCGUCAAGGUCGGGCUGAAUAUUUGGAGCACGGGUCGGAUAGACUAG